CAUUAGAGGUGUAAACAGAGAUCCACCAAAUCGGUUACUGGUGUAACUGGUGGAUGCCUUCAGUAUCCAGCCAUGGGAGAAUGGACAAUCCUGGAACGCCUCCUGGAGGCUGCUGUUCAGCAGCACUCUACUAUGAUUGGAAGGAUCCUCCUUACAGUCGUCGUGAUCUUCCGGAUCCUGAUCGUAGCCAUCGUGGGGGAGACGGUGUACGAAGACGAGCAGACCAUGUUCAUAUGUAAUACUCUCCAGCCUGGGUGCAACCAGGCUUGCUAUGACAAGGCCUUCCCCAUUUCACACAUUCGAUACUGGGUCUUCCAGAUCAUCCUGGUGUGCACGCCCAGCCUGUGCUUCAUCACCUACUCCGUCCACCAGUCGGCCAAGCAGCGUGACCGCCGCUAUUCCUUCCUCUACCCAAUCAUUGAGAGGGAAUACAACCGCGAAGGGACACGCAAGGUGAAGAACGUCAACGGCAUCCUGGUGCAGCACCCUGACAGCAGCGGCGGCAAAGAGGAACCCGACUGUCUCGAGGUUAAAGAGAUCCCGAACGCGCCGCGAGGCCUGACCCACGCCAAGAGCUCCAAGGUGCGCCGGCAAGACGGCAUCUCUCGCUUCUACAUCAUCCAGGUGGUGUUCCGCAACGCUCUGGAGAUCGGAUUCCUGGCUGGCCAGUACUUCCUGUACGGCUUCAGCGUCCCGGGGAUCUUCGAGUGCGACCGCUACCCUUGCCUGAAGGAGGUGGAGUGCUACGUGUCCCGCCCCACCGAGAAGACAGUCUUCCUGGUGUUCAUGUUCGCAGUGAGCGGGAUCUGCGUGGUGCUCAACCUGGCCGAGCUCAACCAUCUGGGCUGGAGAAAGAUCAAGGCGGCCAUCCAGGGCGUCCAGGCUCGCCGCAAGUCCAUCUGCGAGAUCCGCAAGAAGGACAUGUCUCACCUGUCGCAGCCAACCAACCUGGGCAGGACUCAGUCCAGCGAGUCAGCUUAUGUUUGA